CAUCGGAACCAGUGUUAGCCGGUUGCAUAAACAAAACCUCCCUUCGACAGUGUUUGGACGUAAACAAGAAACAGAUGACGAUAAAUUAGUGCACCUCGUCUGGUCGUCGUUAUCAAUCAUGUUAAAGUUACCCUUCGUUUUAAGGGGAAAUAGAAGAUGCCUGUCCUCGGCGCUCUAUCUCACCGGCGACAAGGCACGGGAACAGUUCGCGGUGUUAGUACCCUACCUCGACUUCCAUCAUAAAUUGGGCAAUUUAGAGCGCUUAAAACAGAACAUCCGGCUGCGAAAGUAUCCACUGGAUUGCGACAAUCUCAUACAGCAGUGGGAGCUGUACCGGGACGUGGAGAGGCGCAAAAAGGAAAUCGAGCAGUACCGCGUGGACCUGCAGAAGCGUAUCCAGCAGUCGUCCAGCAAGGAGGAACAGCAGCAACUCAAGUCAAGGGCCGUCCUUGCUCGGGAUGAUUUAAAAAUGCUCAAAGAGCAGAGCUACAAAGUGGCCGAUGCAUUUAUUGCCAACAGCUUCCUGUCCAUCCCGAACGAUCUGCACGAACGUACACCCGAAGAGGGGGCGAAAUGUAUUUACGAAAAACCGGUUCCACCCCGAGCAGCCACAAGGAAUCGACCGAGCAAUGUCGACCCGGUUCAGGAGCAGCUGGAAGAAUUCGGUCCUGCAUGUCUGUACAUGACAGGGGAUGCGGCCUGGAUGGACCUUCGAUUGCCGAUGUACUGCAGCGAACUGUUUCGGCGCAAUAAAUGCAUCCUGUUCUGCAAUCCUGACUUUGUGCGGAGCUUUCUGGUAGAGGCGGCUAUGGUGAGCAAGGAGUCGCUGUUUCUGAUACAGGAGGAGGACGAACCAGUGGAUAAGGUGAACCUGCUGCAUCUAUGUGGCGGUGGAUCACUCCUCAGCUUCCUAGGCUACUUCACGAAAUUGUCGGUGUUUCCUUCGGCGCUGCCACUGCGGCUAGUCGCCAGUGGCAAACGGUACCAUUUCGAAAGCGCUCAAUCGAACGAAGUGCAGGUGUUUGGAGCGCACACAACGGCCCAGGGCGCGGUGGAACUGUUCGAUGAAAUGGUACAGAUAUAUCAACAGUUUUACGACCAGCUGCCGGUCGGUUAUCGAAUUGUGCAGGUAGCAGCGCCCGAUCUGCGCCCAACCGAAUCGAUGCGCGUGGACAUUGAGCUCUUUGAUGGGCGAAACCAAAGACACGUGAAGGUGGCCGAGUUAGGGUACUACACGGACUUUCUCAGCAAACGAAUCGCCUUCAUCUACCACGAGGGUAAAGUGCAGCGCUUUCCGCAUGUAAUAGCGGGCACCGCUAUGAGCUCGCUUGAGCUGAUUAAGCUUCUGCUCGGCAACGGCGUAACGAUGCAGGAUUUGCCGAUGCUUAAUACAUUCGAGAACGAAUAAAGUGCAAACGACUUCCUAGACUGUUCGAGAGUAGAACUGUAAA